AUGGGUAUUUUGAGUAAGGAUAUUUCUAAUAUCGAUAUAAACAAAUCAGACUUUUUGAAUGAAGAAAAAAACAUAAUUAGUACAAGCGAUAAUGUGGAAGGAAUACAUAAGGACGAUAUUUUCACAUCCAUAAGUUUUACUAGCAAUGGAACAAGUGAAGGAACUACCAGAAAUGCUCUCACUACAAAGAAUAUCCAAAUAACAAAUAAUGACAAUAACGCAAAUAGUGCAUAUGACAUUAAGACUGCUCGCAUCCAAAUAUGUCCUGCAGAAAACAACAAAUCAUAUAUGAACGGAGGAAAGGGGGAAGCAGAAAAAAGCAAAAUGGUUGAUGAUGAAGCAGACGGAGAAGUGCACAUAGUGUACUCCUAUGUUGUGAACGACUCGAAAAAAAAAAUCCUCUCCAAUAGCGAAUUAAUAACCAUGCGUAUAACGAGUGAUAAAGAUAAAAAUUAUACAGUAAAAAUGAAAAUAAAAAAAUUGCCAUUUUUCAGAUAUGGCCAUUUUUUAUGUUUAACCAAAAAUGGAGCAAUACUUGCCAUUGGAGGAAGUGAUGGAGAAAAAAAAUAUGGCCUAGUAGAAAAAUAUUGUGUAGGAAAACAAAUGUGGAAACAAAUAAAUCUUAUUCAUUUUCCUAGAUCCAGUUUUUGCGGAAUAUGUACCGAAGAUAAUGAUCUUUUUAUAUUAGGAGGAGAAGGCAAUCAAGACAUUUUAAAAAGCGUAGAAUACUGUGAUAGUAAAAUUAAUUCAUGGAGGUCCUUACCCCCUCUAAACUGUGUACGACAUUCUGCAAGUGCAAUCAUUUUUCAAAAUAAGAUUUUUAUAAUGGGGGGAAAAGAUGGAAUUGGAGAAUAUGGUAAGGUUCACAAAAGUGUAGAAAUGUUAAAUUUAAAGGAGAAAAAAAUGAAAUGGGUUAUGUGCAAGCCUUUAAAGCAGGCUCGUCUCGGACACGCAGCAAUAAUUUUUCAGGACAAAUUGUAUGCUAUAGGGGGAUCAACCGGCGUGAAGGAUCUAAAUUCAGUUGAAAUUUAUGACUUUCAGAAGGAAGAAUGGAUAGGGGGACCAAGUUUAAAUUUCCCACGUUUUAACUUCGUCGUCUUUAUUUGGAACAAUCAGUUGGUUGCAUAUGGUGGUGUGAGCAAGCACAAAGGGGAUCUUAUAAAGAGUGCCGAAAUAUUAAAUGAAAAAGGAACAUAUUGGCUGUUGUUGAAUGAAAGUGUGCCUCAAUGA